AUGUCUUCGAUCAUCCGCACCGUUCUCGCGCUCAGCGCUGCCGCCGCCAUCGCCGUCGCUCAAGACCCAAACUCCCCACCCCCCAAGCUCGACGCCCCCUGCGCCGAUGCCAUUAUCUUCAUGGCCCGCGGUAACACUGCGCCGUACCAUGACUACCGUACAUUCCCCUUCGCCGACGCUACGUGCGCCAAGCUAAGGGCUGAGGGCAAGACCUGCGACUACAUUGAGGUCGUGUUCCCGUACGGCGGCGACUACUGCAAACAAAUUGGCGAGGGAGUCCGCAACGGUCUUGACCAGAUCACUGCUUUCAACAAGAAGUGCCCGUGCACGCACCUGAUCCUCAAUGGCUUCUCUCAGGGUGCCUGGAUCAUGGGAGAUGUCCUUGCUGGACCGGGUGGAUGCUCGCAGAUCACCACUGGUCUCGACCCUGCCGCGGCUCCUGGUAACGCUAUCGCUGCUGCUCUCCUCUGGGGCGAUGUCAAGCACGAGGCUAACAUGCCAUACAACGUUCUCGACGGCUCUGAUCUACAGAAGAAUGGUCGCGACGCCACCUCUCUUGCGCGCCUGAACCGCUUCGCACCUGUUCUGCGCUCUUACUGCUCUAAGGGAGACCCGAUCUGCGCCAACGGCGACGACGUCGAGAAGCACCUGAGCUACUUUGAGAAGUACACCGAAGACGCCUCGAACUGGGCCGUUGGAAAGCUCAAUGCCGCCGCCCCUCUGUGUGCUGCUCCCACACCUACGCCCAGCGCUUCUUCUUCUGCCGUCGCCUCGUCUGUUCGCGUUGCCGCUGUUGCAUCUUCGAGCGCUGUCACAUCUUCCAGCGCUGCUGCUUCUUCGAGCGCUGCUUCUUCCUCUGGCGCUGCUGCUCCUUCUGGCUCUGCCGCUUCCUCUGGCUCUGCCGCUUCCUCUGGCGCUGCUGCUUCAUCUGGUGCUGCUGCUCCCUCUGGCGCUGCCGCUUACUCUGGCGCUGCCGGUUACCCUGGCGUUGCUGCUUCCUCCAGUGUCGCCGCUCUUCCCGCUCAGCCUACAUCUCCAGUUUACGUUGCUCCCUUCACUGCUCCCAUGUCAUACAAGGCUAUGUGCGUUCCCCGCAUCACGAUCAAGUAUCACUACGUUUAA